GUGGUUGGGUGAUCGGGUCACGGUACUCAUCCGAUAAGUCCUAUCCACGUAACGCAUUUAACAAUCCCGAUAUAACCCGAAGCUAGAAAAGACUGCACUGGUCCCGUUGUGCCGAGAUAAAACCGAACGAUAAUACGGGAUCGUGAUAUAUAUCGGGGUGAGAUUGCUUCAAGACCUGCAGGCGGGCGGAUUCGCUCAAAUAUAAAAUGCAAGUCCAUGGCACAGAAGGACAAAGCAGAUUAAAGACCCCACCGGACUACCACUCCCUCUCUCUCUCCUCCCCCCCUCUACCUUCUCAGGCACGUCUCUUCGAUCAACGAAUCCUUCUCCGCCAUAAAUAGCCACAAGCUCUCGCUCGAGCAAACUCCGAUCCCGAUCCCCCUCUCCUCUCCAUCUUCUCUCUCCGCUUCUGAAGCUCGAAGAUGUCCACCAACACGGAUCUCGAUCAGGACCGUGACGACUCGUCCCUCCCCAGCCUACCGAGGAUCAGAGCUCCUCCGCCGUCCUCCUCCUCCUCCUCCGCCGCCGCGGUCAAUUCAAGCAGCUGCAGCUCCGCUGAUCGAGCACCGCCUGACGGAGACGAAGGAUGCCGUACGCCGACCUCGUCCGAGCACAGGAUCGCCCCCGCGCUGACCUGCCCGCCGGCUCCACGGAAGCCGCGGCGCACGGCCACGCGGAAGAGAGCGCGGCCAUCGGAGGCGGAAGAGCUGCUCCGGAAGGUCAGCCAGGAGGAGAUCGAGGCGUUCUUCCUCAGCUGCGAGCCGAAGACGGCCGGGGCCGGCGUGUUUCGCGUGGCCGCGAAGAGGACGUGUUCCUGUAAAUGAAACUCUCUCUCUCUCUCUCUCUCAUAUUCUCUCUAUAAUUUCUCUUUUUUAUUUUUAAAUUUAUUUUUCUAGAAUUUUUUUGAGAUAAUUCUCGACGGGGAGAAUUAAUUAAUUGUGUACGUACACAGAAACACGUUGAUAUAUUGUCACACGCAAAUGCACUGUUAGAAUUCAUAUAUAGAUAUCACAUCACAUCAUAUAUUGUUCAUCAUCAUCAUCAUGUAUUCGACGAGUUCGAAUGAUAUCGAAUCAACGAAAUUUGGAUCUAUAGUAA